UUAUACUUAUAUAUGCUUUUGUAUUCGGUAGAUACAAACAAAACCUUUAAUUAAGGUUUGGUUAAAGAUUUAAACGAUUUUCUCAAAAUUCUAAAACCACUUUUUAAAAGAGAGAACAUAUAUUCGCCAUAAUGACGUUCGCUCUUGUGAUUUUAUUCUGUGGAACGCUCACGUGGAAUUCCGCGGAUGCAGUUACUGCAGAAGAAAUGCGCACGCAUCUCAGCACAACAUUGUCAUCAACUUAUUACACCUACGUCCGGCCGGUAAUAGACCAAUCAACGGUUGUGGAUGUUAGCGCAGACCUGUACCUGAUUGGGAUAAAUAAUUUUGAUAACUCGGAGCAGAAGCUAACCACUACUGCAUAUUUGGAGAUAACGUGGACAGAUGAAAUUAUAGCCCGGGACUGGCAAAACAACGGUGUUGAGACGAUAUAUGUUCCACAAACAGAUGUAUGGAUUCCCGAUUUAGCACUGCAAAAUGGGUUUGAAACCCUAACUGGCCUUGGAGACAAGUUCCUGUACGUCAAAGUAGAAAAGUCGGGCGCAGUAACAUGGCGGCCAUAUCAGGUAUUUGAAAGUGCUUGUGAAGUCGAUGUUACAUAUUUCCCCUUUGAUAAAACAAUGUGUGAAUUAAAAUUCGUUAUCUGGAGUAAUACUAAAGACAGUGCAACAAUAAGAACAGGAACUGUGGGUAUGAACACUGAACUCUAUGAAGGCAACGCCGCCUGGAAUUUACUGUCAGCUACAUCAUCUAACUUUACGACGUCCAAAUCGACCGGAGUUACGUUCUCGAUCGAAAUCAAGCGUAAACCAUUACAUUACCUUAUCAAUAUUAUGAUACCCGUGAUCCUGCUUGGUUUACUAAACGUGUUUGUAUUCGUUCUCCCUGCAUCAUCUGGAGAGAAAACCGGGUUUUCCGUCACAGCGUUUUUAUCUUUCGCAGUGUUCUUAACUAUAAUCAGUACGGAGCUUCCAAGAAAUUCUACGACAGUGUCUACAUUCAGUGCCUACCUCGUUAUUAUGACACUUGUGAGCACGCUCAUGGUCGUUGUCACCAUUAUCCAACUUCGUAUCUUCAACCGCGCAGACGACACACCGAUUUCCCGCUUCUGGCAUAGCAUCGAGAGUUGCGUUCGACGAGUCCAGUGCGCAAUAUGUGUCGGAAGCGGUCACGUGGCUAUGGAGAAGGCAAACGAGGAAACUACGUGGCAGAGCGUCACCGACGCAAUUGAUUUCGUUGGAUUCUACGGUUUUGUAAUAUUUAUGGUUGUUUUCACGUUUAUAAUUCUGUUAGUCUCGACAAUUGGAGGCAAUACAUAAAAUAAACGCUUUUUUAACAAACGAUACAUGUUUGUUAACAUCAUUUAUGAAUUAAUACUUAUUUGUUCUGUUUA